GUGUGACUUGAGGCAACAUGUCGCGCGAUCAUGUCGAAGCGAUCGCUUGCUUGCUUAUCGUUCGUUCCUUUCUGGAUAACGUUGUUUCUUCUUUACUGUUCUAUGUGCUACGCGCUGAAGUGCCGCACGGACGAUGGACCCUCCGAAUCGGAGCUAAAACGUAUUACACGCAAUUGCAUGCGUAAGAUCGGUGAAAGUGUACAUCCGAUCGGUGGAGGAUCAAUGGGUUCCAACAACAAUCACAAUCAUCCCUACGGACCGUUGCAUCAAUCGAAUUUCGGGCCGCAGCAUGGCGGAAACUCACGCUACGAUUACAAUUACGAUUAUGACGACAAUGCUGAUCAAUAUUAUGGAAAUGCUAAUAAUCCAAAUAACAACAAUUACAAUAACAACAACUAUAACAACAAUAAUGGUAAUCAUGAUCGCGAUCGUAAUGUGCUGCAACAACGCAAUCGUGAUCGGCAGCAAACUAAUCGUUCGGACAACAAUAGAUCGGCUUCUUCAGCCUCUUCAAAUAAUAAUGGCGGCCGCUACGAUAAUAAUAAUGACGGAAAUGGUAAUAGAGGUGGUGGCGGCGGCAAUGGUGAUGGUGGAAAUCGUAAUGGUAAUGGUGGCACUAGCAGCGGUGGUCGCAAUUCAGGUGGCAAUGGCGGUAAUGGCAACAGUCAACGCGGCUUCAAUCAGAAUAAUUCCAAUAAUAAUAACAAUGGCAACAACAGAAAUGGAAAAAAUGAUACAGCCGAUGUUGCUUGCGUCGUGCAUUGCUUCUUCGACGAGUUGAAUAUGCUCAACUCUGACGACUAUCCGGAUCGUUAUAAGGUGCAGUAUGGUCUAACACGUGAUCUACGUGAUCGUGAGCUGCGUAACUUCUACACCGACACCAUACAGGAUUGCUUCCAAUAUUUGGAGUCACAGCGCAGACGUGACAAAUGCCACUACUCCCGUGAUCUCAUCAAUUGCAUGACCGAAUAUGCUAAAGUGAAUUGUGACGAUUGGCAGGAGUUCAAUGUGGUUUUCAAUUGAAUUGUAUUAAGAUGAUUUGUAUAUGUGGUUAUAAUCAAGAACCUCGAUUUAGGGUCAGCAAAGCUAUAAAAAGAACUUAGCAAAGUCAA